UUGCGCAAAUUUAUCCGCUUUGACGCUAACCACCACCUUGCCACCACCGUCUCCUACUUACCGUCUUCUUGCUAUUGUCGAGAUCUCUCUUAUCUUCCAUUUCAGAGUCAUAUGUAGCGACCCGCAAACCUCUAAUGGUACACUACUCGCACAUUAUCCCAGGUUUCACAGCGCCCCGCCCGAUUCGGAUGUUUUAUAAUUAGGCAGCGCUUAUCCUCUGUAAUACGAGCCAUUUCUAAGCAACUUAGGAUCAAAAAUCUGCCGCUCUGCCCAUAUAUUUAGGCCAGGAAUAUCGAGGACCAGUGUCAUCAUGAAGGCUCUCACAACUGCACCAGGAAAUACUGCUCUUGUCGUUGAACUACCCUUUCCAGAGCCUGGUACUACCGAAAUCAGGUCGUUUGGUCGUGUCGUAGGCAGCGAUAUUGCCGGUAUCGUCGACAAAGUUGGAUCAGAAGUCACCCAAUGGCACGUAGGUGACAGAAUAGCUGGACUUCUCCAAGGAGCAACGUCUGGCAAUGUUCGGCCUGGAGGUUUCGCGGAAUACGCUAUCCUUGAAGCAGAUUUGGCUAUCCGCAUCCCCAGUUCUGUCUCUUACGACCAAGCUGCAACAUUACCUCUAGGUUCCUUGACCGCCGCACAAGCUCUUUUUAUUCGUCUCGGAAUCAAUGCACCAUUCCCAAGCCCCUUCUCGUUUCCUCCCGAAGCUAACUCUUCCCCCUCGAUCUUGAUAUACUCUGCAGCAACAUCUAUUGGUCUCUAUGCCGUCGAGUUGAUCAAGCUACUGCAAUCUGCAGGCAGACAAACCCAUCGUGUCUUUGCUACAGCCAGCCCAAAGAACCAUGUCAAGCUGCUUUCACUUGGCGUCGAAGCUGUAUUUGAUUAUCGCUCUCUUGCAUGGAUUGACGAUGUUCGGAAGGCCUCUGGCGGAAUAACGCACGCCUUUGACUGUAUAUCAGAGGAUGACACGACUGCGCACAUCUCCCAGACGUUUAGGGAAGGGGGCGGAACGAUCGCCGUCAUUCGAAAGGCAGCAUGGAACAAAGAUGGCGUUCGACCAGAUGUCACGCCUCUGUAUAGCGCUGCGUGGUCAGGUCUAGGUCAUGAGAUUCUCUACAAUGAAGAGAUUCUCCCAGCCUCUCCUGAAUGGCGAGUGUUUACUGUCGCUUUCUUUUCUUUCCUCGGAAGAGAUGGACAGAAAUUGCCUAUCCAGCCGAACCCUGUUCGUGUUAUGCCGGGUGGACUGGAGAGUAUGGUAACGGAAGGCUUUGCUCUUUUGGGAUCCAGCAAGGUUGCAGAUAGAGAAAGGAACACUGUUGAAGGCGGUUUAAAGCCUUGGAUGAAGCCUAUAUCUGGGGAGAAGCUGGUUUACCAUCUCACAUAAUACGGCGCCGACUCGAAGGUAAAAAGAUUCUCAGUCAGACUUCUUCAUCGAUGGUUAUCUGCCCUUAUGCAGUAAUCAAUGCAUUCUUCUCUCAAGCAACUUCUGAGUGAUGAUACUUCUAACUCGACUUGCGCCUGAGGUUUCG